AUGUCUUUAGAUCAAACAACGGAAAUAACUCUUCCGUUAAAUACUUCGUCAUAUUCGACGUCACCAGUAACAAUAAUAGGAAAUAAAUUAUUAUUAUUAUCGACAUCUCAACCAUCGACCGUUGUUGUUGGAAAACAACAUAAGAAUAAUAGAGAUUAUUUAAAAACCGAUGCUCCUAUGUUAAAUUACAUAUUCGAUUCGCACUCAUCGAAAGGAAAACAUCAUCAUCACGAUACAUAUAAAUGGGGACCUCAUUUCGAACCAUCUGAAAUACAUUUAAAUGGUACCACCGUAACCGUCCAAGUCGGAGAUACGGCAUUAUUAAAUUGCAAAGUUAAUUUUUUACAAGAUAAAACGAUAUCUUGGAUGAGAAGAAAAGAAAAUAACGAAUUGCAAUUGUUAACGGUUGGUAGACACACAUACAGCGGUGAUACAAGAUACAGUUUAGAAUUUCAAUAUCCGGGAAACUGGAGAUUACAAAUUAAAUUAGUCAAUAAAAAAGAUGAAGGAUUAUACGAAUGUCAAAUAUCAACUCAUCCACCAAAAGUCACACAAAUAUUUUUAUACAUAAACGCACCAGAAGUUGUUAUAGUUGACGAACACGGAAUGCAACUUAUGGAUAAAUAUUAUGAGUCUGACAGUACCAUACAAUUAUCUUGCAUAGUUAGACAUGUAUCAAUGACGUCAUCCGUUGUUCUAUGGAUGCAUGGAAAUAGAAUUUUAAAUUAUGAUUUAACACGAGGUGGUAUAAGCGUGAAAACUGAACUAAUGGAAGCGGGUGCAAAUAGUACUUUAUCAGUUGCAAAAGUAAAUAAAACUGAUAGUGGAAAUUAUACAUGUUCAAUAUCUAAAACAGAAUAUGCAACUGUAACGGUUCACAUAUUAAACGAACAAAGUUUAGCAGAACUACAUCAUGGUGGUAAACAUUCCGUUACAAUAAAAUGGGGAUUUUUAUUAUUAUCAUUUUUAUUAAGUUGGCUUAUGAGAUAG